AUGGCACAAGGACAGGUGAAAGGUCUGCAGAAAACCAAAUCCUCUGCGUCACGGCACGCAGCGAAGGCUGCUGCUCAGCCGAAGAAGGGCAGGCGGUAUGUCGCACCGAAGAAAACCGUCGCUGUGAAACAAGCUGCAAUGCAUAGAGAGCUCAGCGCAAAAAUUAAUAGGAGCAUAGAGCAGCAGGUGGCAUCUGCGGCCUCGUCGGGCAAACUGACGAUCAUGAAGAAUGUGGCUCUGGAAGGAACCUCUGAAAAAGAUACUAAGACGAAAAAGUCUUGA